AGCAUCAGUUGUAUUUUGCAUACAAUAACAAAUCAUGCCUCCUAAAGUCGGUGGAAAAGCAGCAUCCAAGGGAUCGAAGAAAGCAGCCUCCAAGGCUAAAGCUGUCCGUAGCACGGACAAAAAGAAGAAGAGAAGGAGGAAGGAAUCUUAUGCUAUCUACAUCUACAAGGUUCUCAAACAAGUCCAUCCCGAUACUGGAAUCUCCUCCAAGGCUAUGUCUAUCAUGAAUUCUUUCGUUAACGAUAUCUUCGAAAGAAUUGCCGCUGAAGCAUCGAGACUUGCCCACUACAACAAAAGAUCAACCAUUACUUCAAGAGAAAUCCAGACCGCAGUUCGUCUUCUCCUUCCUGGUGAAUUGGCUAAGCACGCUGUAUCUGAAGGAACCAAAGCUGUUACUAAAUACACCAGCGCCAAGUAG